AGGAGAGACACUGGUUCCGGCCACCAGACACCAACAAAGAAGAGAGACUGUGCCCAGGCCAGACAUGUACACCGCCUUGCCGCCCGCAGCCAGUCCUUCCCGGCAGGUCCCUGGUCCAGAGAGUGAGGAUGACAGUCUUGAUGAGUAUGACCUCUACAGUCUGGCCCACCCCUGCCUGGGAGGCAAGAGUCGGAAAGGUCGUAGCAAGAGAGAAGCCGCUGUCCACACCAACCGCACCAGCCCUGGGGGGCACGAGAGGAAGCUGGUGACCAAGUUCCAGAACUCAGAAAGAAAAAAGGCCAGGCGUUGAGCUGGAGAUGAGGCCAGACCACGGACACCACACCACGCUAGAGACAGGACCAAGCAGACGAUCCAGGACUUGGUGGACAGACUGCUCGUGCCCACCCCACCCCACCCACCUGCCUGGGGACUGAGGGGCCAAGGAGCAAGCAAGAUGGGGACCCAGAGGCGGAGU